AAAGUGAGGAAGAGGAGAGGUUUCCACAGAUGAUAGUGAAGUUGCCAGUGGCAGUGUGGGCCCGGAGGCCUCCGCCUGCUGAAUGAACCCCAUCAGCGUCGGGGAGUACCAUGGGCUGCGGGUGGGCUCGUCCCUGCUCGGCAUUGUGGCGGGCUGCAUCAUCAUUGGGGUGUCCAGGGAGUGUGACGCCGAUGCUGUAGGAGGGAUCUUCUUGGGAGCGGGAGGCCUUGGCCUGCUCAUAGCAAUCUACCCCUUCAUUAAAGCCUGGCUGAACAUCAACAAUAUUCUUCCAUCCUUUGGAAACUUCAGAGUGCAUCCCGCUGCCAAUGUUGCUCCUGAUCAACUUGUGGAGACAAUAAGAAGAGAAGGGACUCAGAGUCAGCUCAACCUGGAGCGCUCUAAGAGUCGAAUGGGAACCUUUGUGGAGGGCGGACCGAUGGCUGAGCCCAACCCAGAUGAAGGGACUUCAGACCUGCCAGACGUCUUAUCUAGACGGAAACUUAAGCAGCCUACUGGUGAUCAAGACCUGCCAUGACGUCAACAUAUGUCCAACCUCACUAAACCUACUUCAUUAGGUUUCCUUCAAAAACGAGGAUCUCCUGUAGAGCUCUUGUAUCACCCGAACCUGCUCGCGUGUCAAGAUCACCUCAUGGUAUUGUUUUUAU